AUGGGAUAUAAGAUAUAUUCUAACUCUGACUUAGUUCAAACAGUAACAUGGGCAAACUAUGAAUGGUUCGCUUUGAGAAACUCAGUACAACCACAAGCUAGAGAACAAACAGACCAGUAUGCAACUAUUGAGAAAAUAAGAAGACUUGACCCUAACGUUCCAGGAGUUUAUGUUGACCUUUCUGGACAAACUGCAGCAGCAGUAACCAAAGUAAAAUUGAAACUUAGAGUUCCUUUGUCAUCUUUCCUCAUCUUCAGGUUUUUAAGAUACUUGCCAAACUGGGCAGGAAAAAUUUCUAUCGAACUUACUCCAAGCAAAAAUAACUUAGUCAUUGCACCAACACAAGACCCAUUCACUCUUACUGUAGCUGGAACUGGUGGAGCCAAGUUCUGUGACUUUUGCAAAGACAAAGUUGACUUAGACUUUGGUUUCUCAAACCUCAACACUGAAGUAAACUACUACUUCAAUGCUGCUGGAACUGCUUGGGACCCAGUUAAGUUCACAUGCGAAAAAUUUGAAUGCAAGAGAAUAGAAAGCAGACUUGCAGUCUAUAUGUUGGACCCAGAUAUUUCAAAUGCUUUAGCUGCCAAAUAUAUUGCAGUUCCGCUUAUGUUCCCUAUACACCAAAUAUCUGUCAAAGACUUUGCAGGUGAAGUUGGAAACCAAAGUGCUGACCCAG